UGUGUGCAAAUCAUCUGGACUAAUUUGCAUAACAUAACACAUAUUACUCCGAACCGGUGAAGCUCGGGCUGAACAGGUGAACAGGUGAACAGGUGACAAAGGUCUCAGGCCAAAGAUAAAGUAUUUACAGCUGCAUGUUUGCUUGUGACGCUGUGACCUCAGACAACAUCCCGACGGUGGAAGUGGAUUCCAGAGUUCCUCUUUGGCGUCUUCGUGAUGAACACUUUGUUGUCUUCUCUUUCAGAGGGAGUCAUUGAGGACAAUGAAUACGUGAACGCACCAGUACGUCCUGAGGACAAAGCCCCCCCAGACCGGAGGCUCCUCUUCUCCUCUCCGUCUCUCCCCCUGCUCGCCGUGUGUUGGAUCCUCCUGCUGCUCAUCAUGGGCCUUCGUAUCUACUUUUCUUCCGUCAUUUCUGAACAAAACGUCAAGCUGAUAAAAGAGAACCAGGAGCUGAUGAAAGAGAUCCAGGAGCUGAGUACAGAAGGUAAGAACACCGAGCUGAAGAACGUGAUCCAGGAGCUGAAGGAGAACUUCACAAAACAAAUCACAGACCUGGAGGACAACUGGGAGAAGUUCAAUGUCAGCAGAGCUCAGUGGACCAUCGACUCCUACUGCCCAGCAGAUACAAGUAAAUUGAGAAGGUGUUCAUCUUGUCAGAGAGGCUGGGACCAGAUCCAGAAGAGCUGCUAUGUGUUUUAUAACAGUGAAGCUCCUCCUGAUCCUAAAACCUGGGAAGAAGCUCGAGAGAACUGCAGAGGAAGAGGAGCAGAUCUGUUUGUUGUUCAUGAUGAGGAGGAAAAGAAAGUAAUCGAUGGUUACAUCACAAAGAUCCCUGUACUUAAGGGGUACUGGAUGGGCCUGAGGGUUGAAGGAAGGACGUGGAAGUGGAUCGAUGGAACUGAUCUGAUGAACGCCUCCUGGAUAGAACCUCCUGCUGAAGGUCACUGUGCCGUUUCUCUCGGGACCAGAACAUGGACAUCAGUGAAGUGUGAUGAGAAGAGAACAAGGAUCUGCUCACAGAAAGCUUUGUCUGUUUAAACGUCUCAUCUUUCAUUCUCCAGAAGGUUCCUGGAUGCUCCUACAUGUGACAUCAAGUGGCUCAUCAACAUACAAA